UUGAUUUAUGCAACUUUGCAGAAAAUAAGGUCAGAAAGGAGGUGUGAAAAAAAGAUAAUAAAGAAUUAUUUAGUUUUCUUCAAGAUUAAAACCACCUGAAUUCCCAUCACUUAUAGUACUGAUUUCAUUGUUGUACACCAGACUUGGGUCUGGAUGACAUUUUGCUUUAGCAAUUAUGUAGUUGAUGUGAUGUGAUGUGAUGUGAUGUGAUGUGAUGUGAUGUGAUGUAAUGGAAAAUACUCCAUAGGAGAGUACCUCAUAUACUGCUUCAGCUGAAGUUUUCAACAAGUUAAUAAUUCUUCAGUGUUCGACCAAAGUAUGAAAAAUUCUAUUUUAUCAACAGAAGUGAGCAUCUUUCUUCAUUAUCCCAGAAAUAUUCCACUGGAAGGUGAAAUCAGAGCAGAGGAUGACUCAGUACAACCAUUCAGCACAGUUCUCUCUCCAGAGCUCAGCUAAUAAAUCAUUAAAUGUCACUGAGACACCUCUGCCUUGGGAUGAAAGGACACUCUUGGGGCUGAAGAUUUCACUGUCAAUCCUUCUGGCCGUCAUAACUUUGGCAACGAUCCUCGCCAAUGUUUUUGUUGUUAUUACAAUUCUCCUGACUAGAAAGCUCCACACACCUGCAAAUUACCUCAUCGGCUCCCUGGCAGUGACUGAUCUCCUGGUGUCAGUGCUGGUGAUGCCUGUCAGCAUUGCUUACACCGUCACCCACACGUGGGCCUUUGGCCAGCUGCUGUGUGACAUCUGGCUGUCCUCAGACAUCACGUGCUGCACAGCCUCCAUCCUGCACCUGUGUGUCAUUGCCCUGGACAGGUACUGGGCCAUCACAGACGCUCUGGAAUAUUCCAAGCGCCGCACCGCUGGCCGAGCAGCCCUCAUGAUUGCCGUGGUCUGGAUGAUAUCCAUCAGCAUCUCCGUGCCACCGUUUUUCUGGAGGCAAGUGCAAGCUCAUGAAGAGAUUGCAAAGUGUGCUGUAAACACUGAGCAAAUUUCCUACACCAUUUAUUCCACUUGUGGAGCUUUCUACAUCCCGACCGUGCUCCUGCUGAUAUUGUAUGGGAGAAUUUAUGUAGCAGCUCGAGAUAGGAUUCUGAAGCCGCCCUCGUUGUAUGGCAAACGUUUUACUACGGCACACCUGAUCACUGGCUCUGCAGGCUCCUCCCUCUGCUCCAUUAAUGCCAGCCUCCAUGAAGGGCAUUCCCAUUCAGGUGCAUCCCCAAUAUUUCUGGGUCCUGUUAAAAUAAAACUUGCAGAUAGUGUGCUGGAAAGGAAAAGAAUCUCUGCUGCGAGAGAAAGGAAAGCUACCAAAACUUUAGGCAUUAUUCUGGGAGCUUUCAUUUUCUGCUGGCUGCCUUUUUUUGUCAUAUCCCUAGUCCUACCAAUCUGCCAAGAUGCCUGUUGGUUUCAUCCCAUCCUCCUGGACUUUUUCACCUGGUUGGGUUACCUAAACUCAUUAAUCAAUCCAGUCAUUUAUACAGCUUUUAACGAAGAAUUUAAACAGGCUUUCCAGAAACUAAUACUUUUCAAAAAGUGCUCCUCUUGAGACUCUCCUCCUGUGUACCUGACCCUUGUGCAAUCUCACAGCCUACCUGAGAAAUUCCGUGCUUUUAUUCCCAAGGAACUGAGUGGUAAUUUCCAUCUCUGCUACUACCCUGUUCUGUGCAUGUAAAUUUCUGGGAAUUUCUUGCCAAUUUGAUACUUUCUGUCUGGGAUUGUACUUGCCAAACCAGAAAUUGUCCAUGCUCACUGCAGUGAUCAUGUGUGUAUAUAAGAUCAGUGACACAUGAAAUAAGCUUUGCAAUGGGGCAAGGUGUGUGAACCAGGGAGUUUUUGUGGGAUGAGGUGACACAUUACCCUGAUGGGAGGAAACUGUGUGUGUAUUUACAACACUUUAGUAUUUCUGCUGUAUAUUAUUAACCAUUUAUGUCAGCUGAGAGAGUUUCUGGAGAGCAGGAUCUGAUAUUUAUAUUUUCUAUGGCAUGCAUCUUACCCAUGUGAAGCUGAUAAAACCUGUAAUUAAUUCAGGAGAUGUGUGACACAGCCUGACUAUAAUCAGCAGCAGGGCAGAGCAGCAUAGCACAGAUGUAAGUUAUGUGGAUAUUUCACAAAUGCUGCAUCUGAAGCUAUGCUUUCGGUGAAGUGUAGGAAGGAGACAAUUUAGUUGAAUUAAUUAUUACACAUUUUAUCAUUAAUAGAGCAGCCAAUGAAGAAAUGCUACAAAAUAAAUAGCAUGAAAACGAUUGAUCUUA